CUGUUGUGUUGACUUUUGCGCAUGCGCAGAAGCGACGCAAUGGCUCCGGCACUCUGACACACGUCACAAAAUUGGACAACAAACAGAAACAAAAGCCAACAACGCUUUCCCCCCUCGCCCCCAGCUGGUACGGCCAAGCACACACGAGCCAAAAUGUCUCGACAUAGAAACGUCCGCGGCUACAACUACGACGAAGAUUUUGAAGAUGAUGACAUGUACGGACAGUCUGUGGAGGACGACUACUGUAUAUCACCAGCAACAGCUAAUCAGUUCAUCUACUCUCGACGAGAGAAGCAAGUGCCGAAGGAGGAGCCCCUUGAGGAGGAAGAAUACGAAAAAGAGGAUGUACCCAUGUCCCCCACCAUCAGCCACAACCUUGACCCGCUGGAUCAAGCCAAGCUCUACUCCUGCCUGGACUACAUGAGGGCUGUGCUGGGCGACUCGAUGCCCGACUCCCUUUUGAACCAGGCAGCCAUAAGAUGCGGCUUUGAUCCACAAAAGGCGCUGGAUGCGGUCCUGUCCGAAGACCCCAAAAGGGUCCCCGUCCCCAACAGAACCGUUGCCGACGUCGAGAAAGCGCCGUUGCCGCAAAGGAGCAGGCAGGCAGCCGUGAUUGAGAAAGCUAAAAGCAGAGACGUCUCAAACAAUAAACUGGACUGUGAAGUCGUACCCAAAGUGGCCCGCAUGACCGUCUCGGGCAAGAAGCAGACCAUGGGCUUUGACGUUCCCAGCAGCGGCGACAACGGCGUCAUCGCCGCCGCUGCUGGGCGGCGGGGCAACAGCCCCGAAAUCACCACGGCGACACCCGCCGCCGGCGAGGCCGCGCCCAAACGACCCGAGACACCUUCCCGAGGUUUGAACGAGGACGAGCCGGCCGGCGUCGCCACUCCCGGGCGCUCUGCCGGAAAGGCCCGGCAGGCCGUGGACGUGAAGGCUGAACUGGAGAAGAGACAAGGGGGCAAAUCUCUGCUGAAUUUAGUGGUGAUCGGUCACGUCGAUGCAGGGAAGAGCACGCUGAUGGGCCACCUGCUCUAUCUGCUGGGCAACGUCAACAAGCGCACCAUGCACAAGUACGAAACCGAGUCCAAGAAGGCGGGCAAGGCUUCGUUCGCCUACGCCUGGGUGCUGGAUGAAACUGGCGAGGAGCGCGACAGGGGUGUGACGAUGGAUGUCGGCAUGACCAAAUUUGAGACCGAGUCAAAGGUGGUGACGCUGAUGGACGCGCCCGGGCACAAAGACUUCAUCCCCAACAUGAUCACCGGAGCGGCGCAGGCGGACGUGGCCGUGCUGGUGGUGGACGCCAGUCGAGGGGGCUUCGAGGCGGGCUUCGAGGCGGGCGGCCAGACCAGGGAACACGGCCUGCUGGUGCGUUCGCUGGGCGUCACUCAGCUGGUGGUGGCGGUCAACAAGAUGGACCAGGUUAAUUGGCAACCGGAGCGCUUCCAGGAAAUCACCUCCAAACUGGGCCACUUCCUCAAGCAGGCGGGCUUCAAGGACUCUGACGUUUUCUACAUCCCCACCAGCGGCCUGUCGGGAGAGAACCUCAGCACUCGGAGUUUGGUGCCUGAGCUCACCGCUUGGUAUUCCGGUCUCAGCCUGCUCGAGCAGAUCGAUGCCCUCAGGCCUCCUCAACGCUCUGUGGACAAACCUUUCCGAAUGUGCGUCUCUGAUGUUUUUAAAGACCAGGGCUCGGGCUUCUGCAUCACAGGCAAGAUCGAGUCCGGUUAUAUUCAGACUGGGGAGAAACUGCUGGCCAUGCCCCCCAAUGAGACGUGUCUCGUCAAAGGAAUCACUCUGCACGACGCCCCUUUGGACUGGGCCGCAGCCGGGGAUCAUGUCAGCCUGACGGUAACUGGCAUGGACAUCAUUAAGAUCAAUGUGGGCUGCGUGUUCUGUGAUCCCAAAGAGCCCAUCCGAGUUUGCACCAGAUUCAGGGCGCGACUAUUACUCUUCACUUUUGAGGUUCCCAUCACAAAAGGCUUCCCGGUCUUGUUGCAUUACGGGACCGUGAGUGAGCCGGCCACCAUUACGAAACUCGUAAGUGUUUUGCACAAGAGCAGCGGCGAGGUCCUCAAGAAGAAACCAAAGUGCUUGGGGAAAGGCAUGAACGCCAUCGUGGAGAUCCAGACGCAGAGGCCGGUGGCGUUGGAGCUCUACAAAGACUUCAAAGAGCUGGGUCGCUUCAUGCUGCGCUACGUGGGCUCCACCAUCGCUGCGGGCGUGGUCACCGAGAUAAAGGAGUGAAGGCCGCUUCCAUCGGCCUCAUCCUUGGAGAGACCACGUGCGGGUGUGGCGGCCCCUCCCUCCAUCCCUCCGGCCUCAUCCGUACCGGCCCGAUCAAAUCUCGUCAAUCAAUCGCACGGUUGCGGGCCUAAACAAGUCGGCGGGCGCCCCGCGACGUCCGACCUCACACCCAAAAGACUGCCGUCAGAUGCGCGGUGGUUAAUGGCACUGCGUUCUCCUCUGAUUGGUGCUUUGUUCAAAUGUUGAUAAUGGAACAACGUACGCUGGCGGAGCCGCAACGCAACAAACCAAUGUCGCGGCUGAUUAUUUAUAUCGUUUUGUUUGUUUGUUUCUUGAGCUGAAUUGGCAAGCUUUAAUUUGAGUCAGCGGGAUUGAAAUAAUUGGAUUUUGGAGGAAAUGUUUGGUCGUGUUGUCCAGCACGCGCGUCUUCAGUUGGAUCCACAGACUACUUUUCAAGAAGUUUGAUGGGAUGAAGAUAAAAACAAAAAUGCUCACCAAAUCGCUUUUACUUGUUUUGUUUGAAAAAGGGUUUUGCAUCAUAUUCAACCCCCCC